AUGAGCUCUCGUCGUGCAGGCGCUCCUCGCGGCAGCUCCAGUCGGAAACAGGCGCUCGAGGACAUUAAACGCAUGCGUGACGGAGAUGCGUCAGCCGUUGCCGUGUCCGGCUCUCGCUUGGCGCAGUACAAGCCCCAGGAGGACAGUAUUUACAAGGCCAUGUCGGAGCAAGAGUACGAAGAUCUGGUGCGUCAGCGACGUCAAGGCCUCCCAUUCGUCGAAAAUGACGACGGGGAAAUGGGUUACUACGACGACGGAGAGGAGCAGUUCUUUGAAUCGGACGGAGACGACGACGAUGCAGCAGCAGCAGGAAACAGCCGCGCGAGCAAGCACAAGAGUAACGAUAGCGACGAUGCGAGCGGCAAGAAGCGCAGUGCCGGUGCGCUGUCGUCUUCGUAUGUACGACGUGCAAAGAAGAUGCAGCGAGCCAAGCUGGGGGGAGCUGGGGCAGGAGGAGAAGGACAGAAGAUUGCUAACCUCUUUUUCUCCAAGUCGACGUCAACGGGACAAACGCUGCACAAGGACCGGAGAAGCGGACACGCAGGAACAAGCACGGGUGCUUCUACUCGUGCUAAGUACGAUAUGGAUCUUGAUAGUUUACUGGACGACUUGACGAGCAACCCGACCGCGUCGCGACAGGGCUAUGUCCCACCUGUGUCGUACUCGACCGGAUCCUUGACGUUUCCGUCGAGAGCGACGUCUGCUUCGAGUGUGCAACCACGUGGUGCUGCAGUGACUGCGAAGUCGGUAGUGUCGAGUGUAGACGAAGACGAGGACGAGACAAUGGAGGAGAGUGGAGACUUGGAUGAGGGGCUGAUUGAGCAUGAUGAGAUGGACGGAGACGAUGUGGAAGAUGAGAGAGCAGAUGAAGCUGAGCACAACCACGUGUCGGAAAGUGAGCAGAAUGGAGAUGAGCUGGAGACCGCUGAUAGAAGUGUAGACAAGCCGGUGAUGAGUAAGAGGGAGAGGAUGCUGCAGAAAGCUCGGGAAGCACGACUGCAGUCGUCGGCACCGACUGCACGAGCUCUUUCUGCUCCGGUGGAGCCCAAGAACCGAUUGGAGGAUAGGACACAGGUGACUGCUGUGCCGUCUAAUGAAGUGACGGAAUGGUGGCAGGUUGGUGGAGAUCAGUCGAAUGAUAUUAGCAUGGCAGACGCUAGCUCAGUAGAGAAUGCCGAGGCCGAAGCAUCACCUGUUGCGGUAGACUCAGUCCAGAUGUACUGGAUGGACGCAGUUGAAGUGCGCGAGCGUCCAGGCAAGAUCUACCUUAUUGGCAAAAUGAAGGUCGCGAGUCCUGAUGGAUCAAACAAGCCCCCUAUGUACAAGAGCUGCUGUGUGGUCGUGAACAACUUGCAACGAUACAUGUACCUUGUUCCGAAAGGCACAUCGCUGAUUGACCUUAGUAAAAAUGAGCAGCAAGAGGUUUGGAUGAAAAUGCACGAGGAAAUUCACAACGUUCUGGUUCCUUCCUGUAUCACUAGCAAACGUGAUCAGGAAGAAUUCAGGACCAAACUGGUAGAGCGCAAUUACGCGUUCGAGGAAGCCAGCAUUCCACGUGGCAAGAACCUGUAUCUGAAGGUCAAAUAUCUUAGCAAGUAUCCUGCACCGCCGACCGACUUUUGCUCGCGUGGUGGGAAGACGUUCUCUCGUAUUUGUGGGGCGUUUACGAGACCGCUGGAAAACUUCCUGCUGACUCGCCGGCUUUUGGGGCCAGGAUGGGUUGAAAUCAGUAAUGUUCGCAAGUGCACCGAAGGCGUCAGUUUCUGCAAGGCGGAGUACGAGACAUUCGACCCGAAGAAUGUUACCCCUAUUGCUAGCGGCAUGGCCGCCCCUCCACUCACAGUGAUGAGCAUUAGUCUUAAAAGCGUUUGCCACCCCAUGACUGGCAAGCACGAGAUAGUAGCGCUUUCUGCUAUCACUGAGACUGGUAUUAGCGCCGAAGGAGCUGGCAAGGGUAGAAAUGGUGCACGUCAUACAUUAUCACACUUCACGGCGAUUCGACCGCUGGAUGGAAACAGUGGCUUUCCCCAGUCAUUCGCAGAAGCAGCUAAGAGAGAUGAUCGCUUUGGCACGAAAGCUGAAAAUGGCGCGCUGAGCAUAAAUAGUGAGCGUCUGCGUGUGGAAAUAAACGAGCGCGUAAUGCUAAGCUACUUUCUCACGCGUGUUCAGCUAGAAGACCCGGACGUCAUCGUCGGCCACAACUUGCACAAGUACGGACUGGAGCUGCUGAUCUCGCGAAUUGACAAUUUUAAGCUUGGCGGGCUGUGGUCAAAGCUUACACGACUACGUCGUGGCCGUCUAAAUCCGAUGAAUGUUGGUGAAGGAUGGAACGAGUACAGGAUGGACGACAUGGUCAAUGGUCGACUCUUCUGCGAUACGUAUGUGUCGUCAAAGGAGUUGCUUCCUUCACAAAAUAACUACACUCUUUCAUUUUUGGUGGAAGAACACCUGCACAAGCAGCGCCUGGAUGUCGAGAUGACCGAGAUCCCUCAAAUUCUACUUGGUGGUCCCGAUAAUUUCGUCAAGUUCUUGCGGCAUACAUUGGAUGAUGCCAUGUUCGUAUUGCAUCUAAUGCACAAGCUUGAAAUUUUACCGCUGUCGAAACACCUGUCCAACUUGUGUGGUUACUUGUGGACGCGAACGCUGGAGGCAAACAAACGUGCAGAGCGAAUCGAGUAUUUGCUGCUCCACGAAUUCAGUCGGCCAAAAAACAAAUUUAUUGUCCCGGAAAAGUACAAAACGAGAACGGACGCUGACAAACUGAACAAGAAACGAGAGGCUUCUUAUGCAGGUGGUAUGGUGUUUGCGCCGAAGAAGGGCCUGUACGACAACUUCGUCGUGCUGCUGGAUUUCAUGAGUCUGUACCCCUCCAUCAUCCGCGAAUACAACAUUUGUUUCACCACUGUAGAACGACAGCUGAUCACGGAUGUGCCAGAUGUGUCGUCGAAGAGAAAGAAGAAAUCAAAGCCGACGCCUCAACCUGAGAACGAUGACGUUGUGGACGAUAACGAAAUGGAUGAACACCUUGAUUGCGCCGCUGAUCCCAGCGCUGAGUCAGAAAUUCCAGCCUUACCUAGUUGCGCAAGCGAACCCGGCAUUUUGCCGGCUGUCAUCAAGCGUUUACUGGAGUCGCGGAAACAAGUGAAACUGCAGCUGAAAAUUGAACAGAAGGAGGGCAACCUGGAGAAGGCAAUCCUACUCGAUAUUCGUCAGAAGGCAAUCAAACUGACAGCAAAUUCGAUGUACGGCUGUUUGGGGUUUCGCUUUUCUAGGUUUUACGCAAAACCUAUUGCGGCGUUGAUUACAUCGACGGGUCGGCAAACGCUGCAGAGAGCCAAAGAGGUGGCAGAGCAAGAGUGUGGCUACGAUGUCGUGUACGGUGAUACGGAUUCUAUCAUGGUGGACUCGCGCACCGAAAUCCUCGAUGAAGCCAAGCGCAUUGGUCGCGAAAUUCAGACGCAGUGUAACAAGCACUUCAGAUUACUGGAACUUGAAGUCGAUUACAUUUUCAAGCGGAUUCUGCUCCUGAAUAAAAAGAAGUACGCGGCACUGGUGCUCAAGGAGCGGCCCAACUGCGAGCCCACUUUCGACAAGGAGGUUAAGGGUCUUGACAUGGUGCGUCGCGAUUGGUGUGUCAUCUCCAAGACGGUGGGCAAUGAAGUGCUCGACUUCAUCUUGUCUGGUAAGUCUCGUGACGAUGUGGUGGAAAGCAUCCAUGAGCAUCUGGAACAUGUGGCAGAGCGCGUGCGCUCGGGAAAGGAACCCAUUGAACAGUUCGUCAUCACAAAGAGUUUGAAUAAGCUACCUGAGCAGUACCCCGACCGUGCAAAACAAUACCACGUGCAAGUCGCGAUCGCACUGCGUGCUCUGGGAAAGCCCGUUGGAGUAGGGACCCAUAUUCCGUACGUGCUUUGCAAGGAGGAAGAGCCUGGGAGUGGACGUCGUGCCUACCAUCCAGACGAGGUAAAGCGGGCAGGCGAGAAGCUCCACAUCGAUGUCGAGUGGUACCUUGAAUCACAGAUUCACCCGCCAGUAAAUCGACUGUGCGCCCACAUUGAAGGAACAUCGAGUCCGCAGCUAGCACACUGCUUGGGUCUCGACACAGCGAAAUUCUCGCACUCUGUCAGUCAUUUUGGCGAAGAGAAUGACGAGGGCGACGCAAUUCCAAGCGUUCUGCAGAAUGACGCUGACCGUUUCAAGGAUUGCAUUCAUCUCGAGAUCACUUGCGAUCGAUGUGAAAUGGCUAGUGCUUUUCCUGGCGUGUUUUGCACGUCUGAGAAAGACAGCUCCGUUUCUAGUGGACUGCUUUGUCCAGUAUGUAAAGCGAACUUUUGGGGUUUUGAUCAGGAAGGUAUUUACGGAAACGUAGGCGAUGACUUCCAGGCAGUGCUGUCGAACCGUCUCCACCUUGCGACGCGCCAAGCGACGAAGAGAUACUACGAAGCGUGGACGAUCUGCUCUGAUGUAAUGUGCAAGAUGCGCACCCAAAAGCAGUCACUUCGUGGCAAUGGCAAUAUCUGCUCGGCGGCAGGGUGCAGGGCAACGACUGUUCUCGAAUAUCCGGAUAGCGCGCUGUACACGCAGCUCAAGUAUUUCGAAUCCCUCUUUGAUGCUGAGCGUGCUCAAAAGAAGCUGCGCGAGGAGAAGGAACGCGUAUCAGGCACAAAUACAAACGUGGAGCCUCCAGCGCUUUCUGAGCGUCAUUGUGCUGUAUUACGAAAGCUGCUUUCCCAGGCCGAGGAGGCUGUCCAUCGAGACGACUACAACUGGAUCAAGCCUUCUCUGUGGCAGACGCUGUUCACGUAA